CAAUCUCCGAAAUUAUCUUCAUAUGCAACACUGAGUUGACUGUGUUCACUGCGGCAAAAAUGUAGCAACACGUGCAUUUCCAUCAGCUGAUUAAAGUUUGUUAGGGCAGCAAGAGUAAAAUAAACAAUUAACUUAAUCUAGGUUUUCUUUACGAUUGGAAAUGUCUGCUAAUAAAAAGAAAAACCUAAAUGCCAUGGAAGAAGAUCCAGCUGGCGAUGAGUCUGAAAGUUCAAGUGAAGACGACGAUGAUGAACCACAUCCCGACGCCUAUACCGGUAACGAGGAAGUCGAAAUCGAUUUUGAAGGACGCGCGCCCAGUGAUCCCGACUGUCAUGGAAUUUCCCAACUGCUACAACGUGUAUUCCUGCGAGCGCCGAUCAACACUGUGCAAAUGGCAGAUUUAAUAAUUGGUCAGAACUAUGUAGGAAGUGUAAUUUGCCAAUGCGAAUUGGAUGGUGCAGAGAGUGAUAUGGAUGAUGACAUGGUGGAGGAGGGAACAAUAUUUGGUAUUACGACUGUUAUCAAUAUGACAGCCAAAAAAGACAUUGCUUGCAUAGAACAAUUACGUGGAUAUAUAAUACAACGUGCGGAGAAACAUGCUACAGACGCUGUCUUAACACAUUUUCGCGAUGUGCUAGGAAACGAAGGACGACCAGUGGGCUUUCUCAUCAACGAACGUUUUAUAAAUAUACCAGCGCAAAUUUCAAUUCCACUGCUAGAAAAUUUACAUAAGGAAGUGCAAACGGCUAAACAGAAGGGAAUGAAGUUUAAUUUUAGUUACUUUAUUAUGAUUGUAAAAAUAUAUCGCAAAGAGGCACGUAAGGGCAAACCUGUUGAGGAUACAUACACUAAUGCUGAAGAGGAGGUGAUUUGCGCUAAAGCUGUUAAUUCCUUUGAAUAUUCUGUAGUGGAUGAAUGUGAUGUUGGCAUGAGCGGAGAUUGGCUGGAAGGGGAUGCUACGCUAACACCUUAUCGUAAAGUUAUUUUGCUUGACGCAAAAGAACUACCACAAUUAAUUGACGAUAUACGUAACUAUAUAACUGGAGUGUAAAUAAUUUGUAAAUAUAUGAAUGUCCGAAUAGGUGUAUGUGAUAAAUGUGGUUUCUCUUUGCAAUUCAUUAAAAUCAUUCUAAAUCAGAAAAA